UGCAUUGCACAUUCGCUUUCACAUCCGCCCCGCACCAAUUGCGUCGAAACCUUCAUGUCACUCCUGCAUUCCGUCUCUCGGGCCGCCAUUCCCAUUUCCGUUGCUAGACGCGUGUUUUGCGUGACCCUCACCACUGAAAGAGCUUUCUGGACUUCCGCUGCCGAAAGUCCACAGCCUCGAACAGCAAGGACCGCUGUGAUACGAUCGCCGGCUUUUCUGGGUAUUUCAUCGUCUGCGCAGGGCGCUCACGUGGGUGCAAGCAGGCAUCGCUCGGAUUCGUUCAAGAAGAGCCUUAAAGGCUGCGCAUUUAACGGCGUCUCGAGCUCUGCGUUGCUAAGGAGGAGCGCGGGUUUUCGCACAGAACGAGCGACCCAGCUGACACGUGGCGUAACGAUAAUGGCGACGGCGGGCGGAGAGAGCUCCAGUGGCAGCGCGGCGGCAAGUGCGGUGGGGGCGGACGAGGGAGUGGGAGAGAUUCUCGCGUACUGGUUCGGGGAAUUCAUGCGACCGGGAUACGAUGGCCCAGCUCCGACACCGUCUGACGAGCUAGCCAAGGCCCCAGUUUGGUUCCGCAAGGAUGCUGACGUGGACGCUACCAUCCGCACGCGAUUCGCUCCGCUCAUCCCGCUCGCUGCGUCGGGCCAGCUGGCGGGCUGGGAGGACACGCCACAUGGCGCUCUUGCGUUGGUCGUGCUGCUUGAUCAGUUCACGAGGAACAGCUUCAGGGGCUCGCCAGAAGCUUUUGCGCAGGACAAGCUUGCUGUGGAGGUUGCAAAGCGGGCCAUUGCAAAGGGUUUUGACCGUCAGGUGCCGCCAGUAGCUCGGCCGUUCUUCUACCUACCUUUCGAGCAUGCUGAAGAUUUGGCUUCUCAAGAUCGUUGCAUCGAGUUGAUGACUCAAAUGGUUGAAGAGGCACCUGAGGGGCCCGUAAAGAAGUUCUUUAACGGAGGUCUGGACUAUGCGCAUGUGCACCGGGAUGUUAUCAUCAAAUUUGGUCGGUAUCCACACCGAAAUGAAGCACUUGGGCGGGAGAGCACGCCUGCAGAAGUUGAGUUCAUGAAGACGCAUGCUGGUUUCUAGGUGAAAUUAUUGUUCAGUGGCUAUAACUGUUGGAUGGAUGUUGCAUAAAUUAUC